UAAUUUUACAACUAAAUUAUAAAAGAGCUUUUGAGUGAGAGAGAAGAGUACACUAUUUUAUACUAGUUUACCAAUAAAGUAAAACCCAACACUUCACCUUUCUUCUAUUUUCCACUGCUUUUUGGUUCCAUUUGGAUUCUUCUCCUUCUUAUUUCCUCAACUUCUUCUCUCGUAAAAUACACACUCGCCCACUUCCACUACCACCACCACUAAGACUAACCACCUCCUUUUUCUUUUUCAUACGUACACAAACUUUUACUGUAGAUUUACACAAACACACACAUAUAUAUAUACACUCAAAUAUCUUCAACCAUGGCAGAAGAGCAUGCACCAGAACAACAACAACAACCACCACCUCCAAUACAAACACAAAAAAUGACCCACGAAAAAGGCACCCCAAGCACGAGCGACCCCCGCAGGGCCCUCUGCUCCUGCAUCUCCGUCUUCCUCCUCCUAGCCGGCGUCACAGCGCUCACUCUAUGGCUCGUCUACCGCCCCUACAAGCCCCAGUUCAGAGUAGUCGGCGCCGCCAUCUACCAGCUCAACACAACGUCCACCACCUCUUCCCAGAUGCAGCAGCCGCCGCUAGUCACCACCACCAUGCAAUUCACAAUCGUCACGCGCAACCCCAACAGGCGCGUGUCCAUUUACUACGACCGGCUGACCGCCUUCCUCAUGUACAGGAACCAGGCGAUAACGCCGCAGGUGUCGCUGCCGCCGCUCUACCACGCGAGGAAGAGCACGGUGGCGCUUUCUCCGGUGCUGGGCGGCGGACAGGAGGUUCCGGUGUCGGUGGAGGUGUUGAAUGGGUUGGCGGUGGACGAGGGUUAUGGGGUUUUGGGGUUGAGGGUGGUUCUGUUGGGGAGGCUUAGAUGGAAAGCUGGGGCCAUUAAGACUGCUCAUUACGGGGUUUAUGUUAAGUGUGAUGUUUUGGUGGGUUUCAAGAAAGGUGUUAUGGGCCAAGUUCCUCUUCUCACUGCUAAUGCCUGUAAAGUUGAUAUUUGAACCAAACUUCUUCUCUUUAAUUUCCUCAAUUAAUUGUAUAAUUUUCUUUUCUGUUUUGUUUCUUAAUUUACUUUUAAUUAUUACUAAGUAAUAAGCUAUUUUUUUUAUCUGUGUAAGUUUAACUGAUAGAGAUUUACAUUUUCAUAUGUUUAUAGAUUGUUACGAAAUGCAACUAAGGUUUCUUGCUCA